AUGGCGGCAUCCGCGCUCCAAUUGCGCGCGUACGACCCUGAGGCGAUGGCGUGGACCACGGUCCCCACCACCGGUGACGCAAAUUCGACGGUUUUUCCGAAAAUUCGGAGUCAAGCUUUACUUCAAGCGGCCGAACGCCGCUCCCAGGACAAGGCCAAUAUGACGGCGUCCAACGCCACCCCGGUCGCCGGCUCAUCGGUCGGAAACAUGAACGCUCCCGCGACGCGCGCCACGGGACGCAAGGGCAAGGUGAUCAAACCCGCUCCCGAUGACUAUGUUAUAGUAAUCAAGCCCACAGAACGUGUUUCUCUUCACGAGGCGUUCACGGAAACCGGCUACGGCACCGCCAUCUCGGCCUACCUCAAAUCGGAACGGGCCCGCGCCACCUCCGUUCUGCCAUCGCGAGACCAAAACAUCAUCGUGCAUACCUCGGACAUCGAGGCGGCCGACCGGCUCAUCGGGGACAUUGCAGUGAAUGCCGAGAAGGGAUCGGUCCCGCUUCACGGUUACCUGAGACAAGACGGUGGCAACACGUGCCACGGAGUGAUCGUGGUCCGUAACACGGACACCACGGAAACUCUUCAACACCGAGUGUGCUGGCGUGCCAGCACCAUCGUGGAAAUCCGAAAAUUCGGAACAUCCAACAAGGCACGCAUCACCUUCGCGGGUAAGGAGAAGCCUUACGUGCAUUAUGACAACAUGGUCGUCUCUGUGCAAAACUAUUACAAAACUAUCCCGGCCUGCGGCCAGUGUGGGGCCGUCGGGCACCGCGCGGAUGCAUGUCCAAACCUGCAGCCGAACACGUGUGGACUCUGCGGACUCCAUGCUCCGCUAGUGGAGGGAGUGUGGGCCCUUCACAACUGUGUUCCCCGUUGUUCGGAGUGCGGUGGUGCCCAUGCCACCAACUCUGGCGACUGUGCGGCAAAAUUCCGCACACUCAAAAUGGCCGCCAAAAAGGGCGGGAAAAAGAAAAUGACGCCCAAGAACAAAAGCCGCCAUCUUGGGCAACCCAGCGACCAGCCGCCACCACACGGCGGCCUCGAGAAACGAGCGGGGGAGACGCAUGGCAAAACCGGGGCCUGGGUCAAUGCCGUCAAAAACGGACGCCAGUGGAACUGUCGGGGCUUCCUGUCCCGCGCGAAGCGGGCAAAUCUCCGACUUUUUCUUUCAACUCUCGACUCGCUUCCGGCGGUGGUUGCCCUCCAGGAGCCAGGGAGUGGCGCCACCCUUACAAGCUACAUCACCUUCCAGCAGGACCCCUCUUCCUGCGUCUCGCUCUUUAGCCGCGCUCUAAAGGCUGCGGGCAGGGACCCCCUGAUGAUUGUGGGUGAUUUGAACGCCCACAGUACUCUCUGGGGGUACGUGCGUGAGGAUAAGCGUGGACGCAAGCUAGCGGAACUUGCGUCCACGCUGGGCCUGACUCUCCACAACGACCCUGCAUAUCCAACGCGGGACCUCCGAGGGCCCGCGUACUCGUAUGCAGGUUCAGAGAACGCGGAGCGGGAUCAGCCGUUCCAGCUGCAUGACAUGAAGGCGGCCCUAGCUAAAAUGAAACGAGGAACGGCACCGGGACGGGACAAGAUAACCGUGAAACUGCUUGCCAAUCUUCCCGGCCCCACCUACGAUACCCUCCUCGCUUUCGUCAACUCGAUCUGGCUUCGUGAGGCACCCCUCCCAAUCGAAUGGAAGACCGCUCUGACACCAUGUUUGGUUUCCGCCCGCACCGGUCUGCGCAGGAUGUUCUGCUUCAACUCGACCGAGAAAUUCUCAAGCCUGUUGAAUACCUCCUCAACGAUAAGGCUAUACUCGCCCUAG